AUGGUUCAGGGACGAGUUCUCGUCAUUGCCGGCUCGGACUGCUCUGGCGGAGCAGGCCUCGAGGCGGAUCAAAAAGUCAUCGCGGCGCAUGGCUGUUAUGCUAUGACGGCCACCACGGCACUGACGGCGCAGGACACGACUGGAGUGCACGACAUUCACCAUGUUCCGCAGAAGUUUCUGCUCAAGCAGAUUGAUGCCUGUAUUGGUGAUAUCGGGGUGGACGUUGUCAAAACUGGCAUGCUGGCUUCGCCUGCUACGAUUGAGACGGUUGUUGAGGCUCUCAAGAGACACAAGGUCCCCAAGGUCGUCGUGGACCCGGUCAUGAUCGCGACCAGCGGCGCGGAGCUGCUCCCCCGCGAGGCCGUCGCCGCGUUGUUGGAGGGUCUGCUGAAGCUCACCACCGUCCUGACGCCAAACAUCCCCGAGGCCAAGCUCAUCCUCGAGGACUCGGGCCACGCGCCGGUCGAGGUCGAGAGCGUCGGGGACCUCGAGGCGAUGGCCAGGUCGGUGCAGGAGCUGGGGCCCGAGUGGGUGCUCGUCAAGGGCGGGCACGCGCCGUUCAAGGCUGACUUAAGUGUGGCCAAGAGCGAGGAGGACAAGGCUGUUGUUGUGGAUGUGUUGUAUGGGCACGGCGAGUUUUGGCAUGUGCAGAGCCCGUAUCAGAGUUCGACGAAUACGCAUGGGACCGGCUGUUCUUUGGCUUCUGCUGUUGCGUCGAAUUUGGCAAAGGGGUUUGGUGUACCGGAGGCUGUCAAGUCGGCUUGUCGGUACAUUGAAGCUGGGAUCAAGACUGCUCCUGGGUACGGAAAGGGACAUGGGCCGCUGAACCACUUUCACUCUAUCCAUACGUUACCCUUUGCACCGGGGCGCUUUAUCGAGUACAUGCUUGAGAGGCCGGAUGUCAAGGAUGUUUGGAAGACGUUUGUGUAUCACCCUUUCGUCAUGGCCAUGGGAGACGGAACGCUGCCCAUGGAGUCGUUCAAGCAGUAUCUCAUCCAGGACUACCUCUAUCUAGUUCACUUCGCCAGAGCCAAUGCACUGGCUUCGUACAAGGCGAAGAGCAUAGCAGACAUCUCAGCUGGUGCCACAAUCGUCAACCACAUAACUCGUGAGAUGAGCCUACACAUCGACUAUUGCAAGGGCUUCGGCAUCACGGUGCCUGAAAUCGAGGCGACAGAGGAACAUCAAGGCAAGCCCGUACACACAGCCUGCACAGCGUACACGCGCUACGUUCUCGACGUGGGCGUCAGCGAGGACUGGAUUGCGCUGCAGAUGGCCCUCGCGCCGUGCCUGCUCGGAUACGGCGCCGUGGCGAAACAGCUCCACGGGGACGUCAAGACGAAGCGCGAGGAGAACACGUACUGGAAGUGGAUCGAGAACUACGUCGCUGACGACUAUGUCGGGGCGGUGAAGACCGGCUCAGAGUUGAUUGAGAGACAUGCCGCCUUGCAGAGCCCGUCGAGUAUAGAGCGGUUGAUCAAGAUCUUUAUUCACGGCACAAAGAUGGAGAUUGGUUUCUGGGAGAUGUUCCCCUACCGGUGA